AGUUAUUUUAUCAAUAUCUUUUUCUCUCUCUCUCAAAACGCGACUGAUUGCAGAUCCAGACACACUUCAAUCUUUAAUUUUAUCUACGGCUUUUUAUUCAAUUUUUAUUUCCAAUUGCUUUGUCGGGAGGCCUUCUUCAUUCUCCUUGAUUCCACCAGGGGGGAAGGCCAUGUGAGUUGUUUGAAACGGAAAAGAUUUGGUAUUAAUUGAGUUACUCUUUCUAAGUGUUCUGUUAGUGGGUGGCAAAGGGAAAGGUUGAGAACAAUGAUGAAGUCAGGAUUAAUGAGUGCUUACCACUUUUCACUUCUUUUAUCUCCUAUUAUUUCUUUUUGGGAAUGUAGUGUGCGCAAGAUGAGGUACUCAUUCAGACCUGAGUGGGUGUAGGUGUAAGUUUUAUACUGCUUUAUUGUUUUCAGGUUUUUAAUUUCAGUUUAUUAAGUAUUCAAUAACAUGUUUCAAAAGGAGAUGAAGCAUAUAUUGCUUAGAUAAUGUAUACGUCAUAGGGAAGUUUACUAGGGAAUACAAAAGAGGAAAUUCUCGAAAGAAAUUAGGCUGUUAGGACAGUGUAGCAAUAGGGUUUGAGUUGUGUGUGAUUGGACAUCAUGGAAGGUGCUAAAGCCACAGCUGGUGUAAGGAAAGGCAAGAAGAAGCAGGUGAAAGAUGAGAUUGACCGAAUUAAACAGGCUGAGAAGAAAAAGAGACGCUUGGAGAAGGCAUUAGCUACUUCUGCAGCCAUCCGUUCUGAGCUAGAAAAGAAGAAACAGAGAAAGAAAGAAGAACAGGAAAGACUUGACGAAGAAGGUGCUGCCAUAGCAGAGGCGGUUGCUCUGCAUGUCCUACUUGGCGAAGACUCAGAUGAUUCGAGUAAACUAAUGUUGGAGAAGGAUGAGGGGCUGGCCUCGUGGGAUCAUGCUAAUAACAUGGACAUCAUUGUUGGGAGACACUCUUUGGUUCCUUACCAAGAUCUCCCUAAGUGUUCCCUUGAAAAUAUUGGAUUGGUUUCUGAUGCUCAUAGAUAUGGGCGCGUGUGGAGUCACUGGGGUAACUCUAACCUGAUGGUCUCAUCUGAUCAUCGUUUUGGAAGAGACGUCUACCCUCAAUAUUUUGCUGAACAGGGAUGGGGCUCCGUGGGUUUAUCUGCUGGUCAUCUUGCUGCUCAGGCCGUUUCGUCACUUAAAAUAGCUGACGAUGCACAUGUGGAUGCUUAUAUGUUCAACCAGAUGCUAAGAGGGUGAAAAGGUGCAAAAAAGAUCCGAGAGGAUCGGUCAAGUUGUGCAAGCACUAGGUUCUGUUUUUUCAAUAAUUUUCUGUACAUACAUGUGGAGUGAGCUCGGCUGUCCUUUUUAUAAGAUAUCAUAUUUUGUAUCGUCACA